CCGACGCUCUGGUCUCUGUGCUCGGAGAGCGGAAACGGAAGUAGCUCCACUUGGGAAAAGCUGGCGGAACAGGUGGUGAUCCAUUUACAUCAGUCUCUUGGACGUCUUGUAGGAAAAAUUUCCUGAAGUCAUGACCAGAUGGGCUCGAUCAAACGUCACCCACAAUAAGAAGGCUCUGGAUGCAACACCAUGGGAAGAUAUGAAAAAUGAUGCGGCUCAAAACACAACAAGAGAUAAAAAGCAGAGCUUUUGUAACAAGCUUUCUUUGAAGAGCACCCAGGGGAGGAAGAAAAAUAAGAAGAAAAAAGAUUAUCUGAAUGAAGAUGUUAAUGGCUUCAUGGAAUAUUUAAAGCAGAACUCCCAGGUGUUACAUAAUGGACAGGUGAUCAAUAGCCAUGAAAUAAAAGAAGAGAUAACAACUGCCUUGAAAAAAGACAAGCGACGAGAAGGGAGGAGAGUGAAACGACAAGAAAUAAAGAAAAAUGCAAUGGUAUGCUUCCACUGCAGAAAGCCAGGACAUGGAGUCGCAGAUUGCCCAGCUGUACUUGAAAGUCAGGAUAUGGGAACCGGCAUUUGUUAUCGCUGUGGCUCUACAGAACAUGAAAUCAACAAAUGCAAAGUAAAAGUAGAUCCAGCCCUUGGAGAAUUUCCAUAUGCAAAAUGCUUUAUUUGUGGUGAGAUGGGACAUCUCUCAAGGUCGUGUCCUGAUAAUCCUAAAGGACUCUAUGCAGAAGGAGGUUCUUGCAGGAUUUGUGGAUCUGUAGAGCAUUUUAAAAGAGACUGUCCAGAAAAUCAAACCUCAGAUUGCGUAGUAACUGUUGGACGGUGGCUCAAUGGAAUGAGUGCAGAUUAUGAAGAAAUUUCAGAGUGUCCUAAACAGCAAAAACCUAAAUCAAAGCCAGCUAAAGUUGUUAAAUUCUGAUAGUUUGUUUCUGACACCAUUCUUUAUAAUUAUUCUCAAAGUAUGGCUUGAUGUUGUAAUAAAAAGCCACAAUACCAGAACAGGCCAUAUCUGAAGUAUUCAUCUUACUUGAGGUGAUGAGCACUGAAUGAAAUCCUAAUCUAAAUGGAAACUUUGUGUGGAGAAAAGGAAAACAAUUUGGUGGACCAUGAGAAAACUGCAAGACUGUGACACAUACCAAAAAAGGCCCAAGACUGAGUGAUAGAAGAGCCCAAGAAGGAAAACGUCGGUUCUUAAAAAUUCACUCUUGGGGACACAAGCUAUCAAGUGGAACUUUAUUAGAUUUAAAUACUUAUGUACUGAUUUUCCUGGAGGAUGAACAAAUACACUUUUAAACCAACAA